CAGAAAAUAUUGGUAACUCUCUUCAUGGAAAUCUCAUUCUACUCCUGCUUCAUUCUCUUCUUGAUGUUCUAUUUCCUCUCAAAACACCUAUGCAAAAUCAGCAGGAACCUUCCACCGAGUCCAGGCCUCUCUCUGCCAAUUAUUGGUCAUCUCUAUCUCAUCAAGAAACCCCUCCAUCAGAGUCUUGCCAAUCUUUCCGACAAAUAUGGUCCAAUUCUAUUCAUUCAAUUUGGCUCUCGUCCUGUAAUCCUCGUAUCAUCCCCUUCAGUUGCAGAGGAGUGCUUAUCUAAAAAUGACAUAAUUUUUGCAAAUCGACCUCGGCUGCUUGCUGGAAAACAUCUUGGGUAUAACUAUACCACGCUUACUUGGGCCUCAUAUGGGAACCACUGGCGCAAUUUAAGGCGCAUAGCUGCUCUUGAAAUCUUAUCAACCAAUCGCCUGAAGAUGUUCUAUCAUAUACGGGCUGAUGAGGUCAGGUUAUUGGUUCAUCAGCUUUUUAAAGGUUGCAGGGGUGGUGAGUUCAUGUCAAUUGAUGCCAAGUCAACUUUUUUCGAUCUGACGCUUAAUGUCAUUACGCGGAUGAUUGCCGGAAAGCGAUAUUAUGGAGAGGAUCUAGCAGAAUUGGGUGAAGCAAGGCAGUUUAAAGAAAUUGUGAGAGAGACCUUUGAAUUAAGUGGAGCUACGAAUAUUGGAGAUUUUGUGCCAGCAUUGAAAUGGAUUGGAUUGAACAAUGUUGAGAAAAGGUUGGCUAUAUUGCAUAGAAAGAGGGAUGAAUUCGUUCAAGGCUUGAUUCUAGAGCAUAGAAAAGUUAAGAGCGAGUCUGCUUCAGAUCAAGGGAGCAGUAAAACCAUGAUCGAUGUCCUGUUAACCUUGCAAGAAACUGAACCUGAGUAUUAUACCGAUGAAAUAAUCAGAGGCCUAAUGACAGUAAUCUUAUCUGCGGGGACGGACACUUCAGCUGGGACCAUGGAGUGGGCAUUGUCACUCUUGCUGAACAAUCCACAGGCCUUGAUGAAGGCCCAGAUCGAAAUUGAUACCAUUAUUGGUCCAAGCAAGCUCAUUGAAGAAUCAGACCUUCUCAAGCUUCCCUAUCUCCAAGGCAUCAUCAACGAGACUCUCCGAAUGUACCCUGCUGCCCCACUGCUCCCGCCCCAUGAGUCAUCAGAGGAGUGCACUGUUGGAGGUUUUCGAGUCCCGCGAGGCACCAUGCUCUUAGUGAAUAUGCGGUCUGUACACAAUGAUCCCAACUUAUGGGAGGAGCCCACAAAGUUUAAGCCAGAAAGGUUUCAUGGCCCAGAGGGACAAAGAGAUGGGUUCAUAUAUUUACCUUUUGGUGCUGGGAGGAGAGGUUGUCCAGGAGAGGGCUUAGCUACAAGGAUAGUUGGGCUGGCUUUAGGAUCUCUUAUUCAGUGUUUCGAGUGGGAGAGAGUCGGUGGGGAACUUGUGGACAUGAGUGAAGGAACUGGGCUCACAAUGCCUAAGGCCCAACCACUGUGGGCUAAAUGUAGACCACGCCCUGCAAUGGUGAAUCUUCUUUCUCAAACCUGACGACACCUCGUUGUUCCGGUCUAUGGUUUCCCACGCUUGCAGUUUUCGGCUUAGCCUUGCGGUCGCUGCUUCAAUGCUUUGAACGGAAGACGAGAGGACAGGGAAAGCAAAUGGUGGACAUGAAAGAGGG